AUGACUGACAUAGCGACCAAGCUGUUUGGUUUCCGUCAGCAAGCUCCGGCCAGUCAUGGCCCUCAGCCUGUCCGUGGCCCUCUGGGCCAACUCACAAACCGAGUUGGCGAUGUGGCCCGAACCGACGGCCGAGUGACGACCCAGGCCUAUCAGAACAACAAAACCAAUAACAAUAACAUUAAUGGAAAUAACACGAAUAACACAGAAAAACAAAGGCCAAGAAGUUGCGAAGGUCAAUACCAGACCAUAACUCGCCAACAGACCCAGAUUAAAUUGAAAGGAACCACAAUAACAAAUACAAAUGAUCAAGUCAAGAAUCAGCAAAAUACAAUGAGUAGGCCACCUCAGCAGCAAUUGAAUUUUCCUAUAAGGCCAACUUUGACCAGUGGCCCUAUUGUGGCAAAUCCUGGGAUCGUGAGCUCUACUAACACAAAUACUAACACGAGCAAUCAGGAUCCAAAUCCUGCUGGCAGGUUUACUUUGCACAGUUCCCAAUUGCCGAGACCACAGUUGGCCAUCAGAAUGGACAAUGCCCAAAGAAGUAAGUUGGCCAAACAGGCAGUCAACAAUGGUGUCAGAAGAAGGGAGCAAAGUGCCUGUGUACGGAUGCAAAGUGUUGGAGGCGAUAUUACAGACCCUUCCAAAGGGUACCGAGGACGACCUCGAAAUCUAGAAGUCGUCAUGACCGGUGCUCAUGGAUUCGAAGUGCGGGACACUGACGAUUCGAGCAUUGUUGCCAUCAGCAUUCAGCAAUGCUCCAGCAGUCCUUUGAAUACAGGGCUUGUCAGGGAACGUACUGGAGACCUACAAAGACUUGCCAACGUCCAAACAAACCAAAGAGAUCUCAACAGCCAAGGUUCUACAGCUUCUGGUUCAUCAUCCAGUGCAUCUACAUCUUCGAACUUUGCACUCAGGGCACAAACAAACCCAGUCACAGAUUUGUUUAGAAAACCUUCAAAUUCAUCCAGCGAAGGUUUUACUUACGAUGAUGAAGAAAAGGCCAACAGGGAUAAGGAUAUAUCAGAAAAGACUACACAGUUGUCUCGUGACUUCUCAGCACCGUCGUCCAAAAAUUCAUCACCAGGAUCUAAGGGCUCAUCAAACAAUUGGGGUUUAGAUUGCGGAGGUGAAGAUCUAGCACCAGCUGAUGUUUUGAGCCUGGAUUCAAAUUCAGGAUCUGCAUCAAAUCUGAGUCCAGAAGAUCAGACUUCAGGAAAUGCCAAGUUGUUCAACACAAGUUUGACCAGGAAUACUGGCUUGCAGGCACUCAUGUCUUCGUCUUUGCUCGGAUCUUCAGGCAGUGCAGCGUCUACUUUGCUCCUAAGAAGUGCUAUAGAACACGAUCCUAAGUUUGCAGCAGUUGCUGCAGCUGCUGCAGUUGACAGUUGUUUAUUGGACGAUGAGACUAGUCCAGUCGACAGCCUAAUUAGCAGUACCAGCAGUGUUUCUGAUAGUUGUAAUGAAGAUGAUGUUGAUGGAGCUCUGGGAACGAAAAAGAUUAGUGUGACCAAAGAUAAGGAUAAGGACAAGGACAAGGAUAAAGAAGUUGACUCUCUGGCUGACCAGGAACCACCAAGCAACAUGAUGAUUGGUGCAAUCAGCAGUCCUGGUACUCCUACAAAUGCAUCCAACUCUUUAUCAUUGAGUGAUGGAGGAAGGGACUAUUUUGAUGACGAAAUUGCUGAUCAGCCUGCACUGGUUUUCAAUGACAAGAACAAUACGAGUAGUGCUGAUGGUUUAUCCACAAGUCUACAACUUGUAAGUCUCACCGACAACACACUGACCAGUGGAGGUCAAGAUGUGCCAAAUAAUUUGACACACACUUUAAUUGGACCCAGGGUUCAACCUUUGGCGAAUAAUAAGGUGGUGCAGACUUUUAACUCCCAACCUGCUGCUAGUCUUAUACAAAGUGCAGUAUUGGCCAACGCCAAUCAUCCUGUAUCAAAUCUAAGCCCAAGUUCCUUAAGGCUUCGUCGAAAUGGGCCAAACGAGUUAAGUCGUUGCGGUUCGUUGGACACUUUGUCGCCUUGCGAAAGUAUUGCAUCGGAUGACCUGAUGAUGGACUUUGAUCAUAGCCAAAGUAGUUUGGAGAGCGACAGGGCUGAAAGUGGCCACGGCAGUGCCUUGCACUCUUUGGACGAAACUCAAAUCAUGAACGAGUUGGCCCAACAAGGUGGCCAGGUUAUGAAGGAAUGGACGACGUUGCUGAACGCCAGGCAAUUGACGAAUGGUGGACGUACUGAAGUAAAUGGGAGUUCUCAGUCCCAGCAACCUGCUUCGGUACAGCCUCCAGCUCGGACGGCGCGCCUCCUGCAAAGGGCGCGCGCCAGUCCUCCACCAGGGGUCAGAAGAACCCCGAUAUUCAGACCACCGCCGCACCAGGGAUCACCAACCCACCAGACCACAAAUGGAUGUCCUCCAACCGAUAUGGAGGACGGCGGAGCCUGGAUUGACAGGAGUACACAUAACGCCAUCAUGCAGGACGUUGUUGGCAUCAAGACAAUGCUGCUCAAGCUGAAGAGGGUUUUACAUGAGACUGAGACCAUGAAUCCCUUCGAUCGUCAUUUAAAUUCUCCAAGGCAUUCGGCUGAUAGUGGUAUGGGAGCCUCCAGUGCCUCCAAUGGAGAUUCCUUGGAGAUGGCGGACCUGAAGAGACAGGUUGUUUUUCUGCAGACCCAAUUGGAAGACAAAGAACGAACCGUGCAACUGCUGCAGCUGCAGAUGACCAAGUACUCACAAAAUAGAACCAAUGGGUUGCAAGGUAACCAAAAUCAGAACCAGGUUCUGUCCAAUUUACCUAUUAAUGGCGUUUCUGAAGAUAAAGCAGUGAAUGCUGCCACACAAACCGAAAGGUUGAGACCAAUGUCUACUGGCCCGACUACAUAUCAACAACUAGGAGAAGCGAAUGGAUUAUUGAGCGCGAGUGAUUCCAGUGACGGCGGUUCGGAAAAGACCAGAAAACGCUUGACGAACGCGUCCAGCCUUCCCCGUCGCCUAAACAGGACAUCAAAUAAUUCUGCACAACAGUCGUCAACCUUACACACAGACAUGAAACACACGUCAUUAUGCUGUAGAUGCCGAAAAGAAAUCCUGGAUUGCACCAAUAAUGGAUCAUCAGCAGACACCAGGAGCGACGACACCAAAGAUCCAGGAAAAGAUCAGGAUCCAGGACGAGGUCUCAGAAGACCAACGGGUGUACAAAUAAAUUGA